AUGGCUACUGAAAUCAAGGCUCCGACCAUUGACAUCGCCACGACGCCUUCAGAUGUUCAACGCGGCGAUGUCGAGUCCUGUAACAGGCAUGCUAUGCAGACAGAAGUCAAACGAGACCUCCAACACACAGGUCUCUUUCUAGCAUCCGGCCAAGCCAUCGCAACAGCAGAUCCCAUCUCCGCGCUCCUCGGCUACAUCGCCAUGGGCCUAAUCACCUGGGGCGUAGCCUUAAUGACCGGCGAAAUUAGCGCCUUCAUGCCCGUGACGGGAGGCUUCGUCCGGCACGCUACAAAGUUCGUCCAGCCAGCUCUUGGAUGCGCCACAGGUUGGAACUUCUGGUAUACGAUGGCAAUCACCGCGCCAGCGGAGCUCGCAGCAGCAGCGACCGUCAUCAAUUCCUGGGAUGCCUCCAUUAACCAGGCUGUGUGGUACUCUGUCUUCAUCGUGGUGAUUAUGGCGCUCAGCUUCAGCCCUGUGAAAGCCUAUGGCGAGAGUGAGGUUUUCUUCGCGGCGCUCAAGAUUUUGCUUAUUGUUGGGCUUAUUCUCGCUGGUAUUAUGGUGGAUCUGAAUCGUAUUGGCUUCAGGUACUGGAAGGAGCCUGGGCCGUUCAACAGCUAUCUCAUUCCUGGCGAUACCGGUCGUUUCUUAGGGUUUUGGUCAACGCUGAUCUCGGCAGCAUGUUCUCAUGCUAAUGUUCAGGUCAUUGCAUUGGCAGGAGCCGAGACCCAGAAUCCGCGCAAGAUCAUUCCGAAUGCUGUUCGCAUGACCUUCUGGCACAUCCGUGUCUUCUAUGUACUGUCCAUAUUCGUAGUCGGUCUCCUCGUGCCAUAUAACGACCCAAACCUUGGCAUAUCAACAGGCGCUGCAGAACAAAGCCCCUUCGUUAUAGCAUUCCAGCGAGCCGGGAUCAAGGUGCUGCCAAGCAUCAUCAACGCAGUAGUAUGUACAAGCGCUUUCAGCUGCGGGAUCUCGUGCGUCUUCCUGGCAUCACGAACACUAUACGGCUUGGCCGAGGAAGGACAGGCUCCGCGCUUCUUCCGCAAGAUCAACAGGUUUGGCACGCCUUGGCUUGCAGUAGCCGCGAGCUUGAUCUUCAUGCCGCUGGUAUAUCUGUCGCUUGGUAGCAGUAGUAGCGUCGUCUUUGGCUGGUUUGUCAACAUCACCACCAUAGCAGGCUUGAUUGGCUGGGCAGUCAUAUGCGUGACGUACCUCCGGUUCUUUUAUGGUCUUCGAUAUCAAGGCAUCAACCGCGAUCGUCUGCCGUACAAGAGUCCCCUGCAACCAUACGCCGCCUGGAUCACGCCGUUGGCAUUGUGCCUAGUGAUUAUGUUUUCUGGAUAUAGCGUCUUCUUCCCUGGUCCUUGGAGUACGUCGAGCUUCUUGACGUACUAUAUCGACAUUGGCAUCUUCAUCUGCCUUUGA